AUGGGGAAGACGAAGAAGAGGCAGGCGAAGCGCGCCGCGGUCGAGGCUGCGCGCCUCGAGCAGGCGUGGGGAGCCUCCGGCGAACGGGUCGGCUCCGCGCUGGCGGCGGGCGGAGACGGCAUGCACGUCGGCGACGCUCGCGACGCCAACGAUCCGCGGUGGAUCGCCGCGCGCGACAACGCGAUGGACCCCGACAGCAGGUUCAAGGUGGCGCAGGUGAAGCUCAAGCGCAACCCGAUGGCGGGCGUCUCCAAGCCCAAGACGAAGCAGAAGACGGGCAUCCUGCGCAUCGCGCGAGCGGUGGAGGCGAGCCUCACGCAGGAGGCGUGCGUCGCGCUCGACACGUUGCUCGCGGAGUGCGAACGAGGCGAGCGCGAGGUCGCGGCGCCCAUGGAUCUCUGCGGCAAGGUCCUCGCCAUGUGCCAGCGCGGCUCCUUCGGCAAGCCCGCCAUCCGCCUGCUCGGCAGGAUGGAACGCGUCGGCCUCCCCGUCGGCCCCGUGCAACUUCGACAGGUCUUCUUCGCGUGUGCGGGCAAGGGCAUGGUGCCCGAGUGCCUGUCGCUGAUGUCCCGACACGACAUCGACACCGGGCGAAGGCUGCUGGGGAAGGACGUCUUAGUGCGGGGGUGCGGGCUCAUGCCGGGGGGUGUCGACGGUCCCGCGGGCCUCGCGUUGCUGGAGGGCACGCUGCGAGGCAUCGCGGGGGGCGGGUGGGAGGGCGCGCCUUCCUCCGCGGCGGGCGGGUCGGUCCGGGUCCACAUGCAUCCCACGUGGGCACCGCCUCGGGUGGAGGGUGCCGAGGGUGCCGACGGUGCCGUCGCGGACCCCGCGGCGGAUGCCGAGCGACUCGCGCCGACGAUGUAUCCGGGAGGCGACGACGGGAACGCGUCCUUUUGGUUCGUGUGCGACGACGACGGCCGCAGACGACCCGCGGACCGAAACUCCCUCGAGCUCUGGGCGCCGGCCACCGCGUCCACCAUCCCGCUCGUCGCGUCGGGGCUCGAGCUCGAGACGGAGCGCCACGACGUGCCGAACGUGCCGGGCGCGUUUGCGUUGACGGAUGUUUUCAGCGCGAAAGAGUGCGGCGCGCUGCGAGCCGCAGCGCACGCGAUUGGAUGGCGACGGGACGAGCCGGACCCGUCGGACCCGGGGCGGGGCCGCCUCGACUACUGCGAGCUCGUGGUCUGGCCGGAGACGGCCGGACGGAUCUGGGACAGGAUCAAGAUGCACAUGCCCGCCGGCGCGGUCGGGGUGAACGCGCGGAUGCGAUUCUUCCGGUACGGUCCGGAUACAAUCUACAGACGACACGUGGACGGGAGCUGGCCGGACGGGCGGCUCACCGAGGAGGGCGAGUACGUCACCGACGCGAGCAAGGGCACCCUGCGAUCCAGGCUCACGCUGCUGUUCUACCUGUCGGAGGGGUUUCUCGGAGGAAACACGACGUUCUACACGUCAACGCCGGGUCACCCGGGGUUGAUAUCGGCGAGGGGGGUGGCGCCGAGGGAGGGAUGCGCGCUGUGUUUCCCGCACGGCGACGCGGAGGAUUCGCCGGUGCACGAGGGCAGUGCCGUCGGGGUCGGGCCCAACGGGGUUCGGCACAAGUACAUAAUAAGGACCGACGUCCUGUUCGAAUCAGCCGGGCGACCGGGUAGCAAAUAA